CCUUAUUCACUUCAUCAGUUAAUUCACUCAGAACGCAAAGCGGCCUCUUCUGCUCAACUCAUUCUGCCAAAUCGGAUUUAUCAGCUCAGCUUUGAGUCGGAUAUCCGAUGUGAUGCAUUCUUGCAUGCUCUUGAGACAGCCAGAUUAUAUAGUAUUACAAAUCAGCCAGACAGUAUUUUCGAUGCUAUUUCUGGCGAUUCAACCGUUGUAACUUCCAGUAGCGCUAAUCUCAAUCAUAUAGAAGAUCAAACCAGUAAAGCCAUCGAGACAGGAAAUAAUGGUUCCUUUCAAGAUUUCAUUUUACGACUCCGGACAAUUCCUGGAAAUCAGGCUUGCGCCGACUGUAAUGCAACUGCUCCUCCUCCAGAUUGGGUAGCUCUAAUGUAUGGUGUUAUAGUAUGUUCUGCCUGCUCUGGCGUCCAUAGAAAGAUUCGGCGUACUGAUAGCCUCAGCAUGGACCUCAAAGUCUGGCAAUCUAGAGCUCGUCGUGAUCUUCUGCUUCGAUUGGGAAAUGCCGCUGUCAACCAAUUUUGGGAGCAUCAUCUUAUUAAGACAUCUUCUGCAUCUAUCUCUUCCGACAUUAAUGAUACUAGCAUUAGCCGCAACCGCCAAACCACGCUCUUAUCGCCUCUGAGGAAGCCAACGCCUGAGGCAGACGUGGAACAGCGCGAAAAUUAUAUUCAAGCUAAGUACGUUGAAAAACUCUUCUUCGACUUCAACUUUUUUAAGAGUCAGCUAGACGAGGAGAAUCCUUCUCAGCUUUGCGACUCCUCUUUUGAAAAAGAGUUAUGUAAUUUAGUGCAGACCUCCGAUCUAAUUGGAACACUUCACUGCCUUCAUUCUAGUGCCGAUCCUUCUCGUGUUUUGUCCUUGACCCAACAAAAGGCUCUUGAAUUAGCCGUAGCUGCAGGUCAGUUGGAGCAGAUAGAAUUACUCAGUUACUUUGGCGGUCUAUCAGCCUGGAACUUAGAUUGCCUCGGCAGCCGUGGCGUUAACAGCACCUCGACACACUGA